CUAACUGCGCGACUCAUGAAGGUGUUUGUCACCCGGACGAUCCCCCCCGAGGGGCAGGCCCUGCUGGCCCAGACCGGAAUCUUCUUCCACGGAGCCAUUGAUCAUCAGCUCCAUCUGCUUCUCCUCUUAUCUUCCCCCUCUGCCCUCCCACCCUGGAUUGGGAGCCCAGGGUACAUAAGUGACUGGCCCACCCUCUCUUUUCUGAUAGGAGUUGAAAACAGGGAAGUUUUGGUCUUCUGGAAACCAGUAGCAGGCAGAAGACAUGACUUUCUGCUCUGCCUCGCCUCAGACAUUGGAGAUAAGUACCAGUCAGUGACCAGUUUCAAACUAGAACAAUGGGAUUCAGAUGAGCCCAUAUCGAGAGAGGACCUGCUGAAAGGAGUGGCAGGAGCCCAUGGCAUUCUCUGCCUUUUGAGUGACAAAAUAGAUAAAGAAGUCCUGGAUGCCGCAGGAUCCAAUCUCAAAGUAAUCAGCACCCUCUCCGUGGGAGUUGACCAUCUUGCCGUAGAUGAAAUUAAAAAGCGAGGGAUCCGCCUGGGCUACACGCCAGACGUCCUGACAGAUGCCACGGCGGAGCUCGCUGUGGCCUUACUCCUUACCACCAGCCGCCGCCUGCCAGAAGGCAUUCAGGAAGCAAAGAAUGGUGGUUGGAUUUCAUGGAAGCCUCUCUGGAUGUGUGGCUACCAGCUCUUGAACAGCACAGUUGGAAUUAUCGGCCUGGGAAGAAUAGGCCAAGCUAUUGCCCGUCGCCUCAAACCAUUUGGCGUCCAGAAAUUUUUAUAUACUGGACGUCGGCCCAGAGCCAAGGAGGCAGCUGAGUUCCAAGCAGUGUUUGUUCCUCUUGAGCAGCUGGCAGCCCAGUCGGACUUUGUUGUGGUUUCUUGUGCUUUAACCCCCGAAACCCAGGAGCUCUGCAACAAGAAUUUCUUCCAGAAAAUGAAGAAAACGGCUGUGUUUGUCAACGUAAGCAGGGGAGAUGUGGUGAACCAGGAGGACCUUUACCAGGCUUUGACUAAUGGCCAGAUUACAGCAGCUGGGCUAGAUGUCACAAGCCCUGAACCACUGCCGACAAACCAUCCUCUCUUUUCAUUAAAGAAUUGUGUGAUUCUACCACAUAUGGGAAGUGCUACCUAUGGAACCCGAAACACUAUGUCAGUACUUGCAGUCAAUAACCUGUUGGCUGGCCUAAAGGGGGAGCCAAUGCCAAGUGAAUUCAAACUGUGAAGAUGAAACAAGAAGAAUCUCACAAUUGAGGAAGAAUUAAUAAAAUAAUUAUUAUAUUUUCACUUCUGCUAAACAAUGUUACUUUCACUGGAAUGUUUCAGCUGUCAUAAAUAAAACAAACAGUGGGGAACCCCCUCAUACAUAUGUACUUGCCUCAAAACUACAUGAAAAGUGCCUAAGAAUAACAUUUACUUUGUGAUUAUCCUAUAAUCUAGGAAACAAAGGUGUCAAUGGGUAUGCAGCUUUCGUUGAUGAAUGUUAUCUAGUCUAAAUUAAAUUUAAAUGAUUAAAUAA